ACAUCUGUCAAUGGUUUAACUUCCGAAGAAGCUGCUCGUCGUGUUGAAAAAUUUGGCCGUAAUAAGCUCGAAACAAAGGAUGUAAAUCCCAUUCUUCAAUUUUUGGGCUUUAUGUGGAACCCUCUUUCAUGGGUUAUGGAAGCUGCUGCUAUUGUCUCUAUUGCUCUUUCAAAUGGUGAUGGUCAACCUCCUGAUUAUCCUGAUUUUAUUGGUAUCGUUCUUCUCUUGUUAGCGAAUGCAACAAUUGGUUUUAUGGAAGAACGUCAAGCAGGUAAUGCUGUUAAGGCUCUUAUGGCCUCUCUUGCUCCUGAAUGUAAAGUAAAACGUGAUGGUGAAUGGAAGACUUUAGAAGCUGCUGAAUUGGUUCCUGGUGAUAUCAUCUCCAUUAAGCUUGGUGACGUUGUCCCUGCUGAUGGUCGUCUUGUUGCCGCUCAUGGUCAAGUUUCUGUUGAUCAAGCCGCUCUUACUGGUGAAUCUUUACCUGCGAGUAAAGAAGCUGGUGAUGAAGUCUUCUCUGGUUCUACUGUCAAACAAGGUGAAGCUGAAGCCAUUGUCAUUGGUACUGGUACCAAUACUUUCUUCGGUCGUGCUGCUAAACUUGUCGGUGACGCUGGUGAUGAUGUAGGUCACUUGCAAACUAUUUUGGCCAAGAUUGGUAACUUCUGUCUCUGUACUAUUAGUAUCUUCAUUGUCAUUGAAAUUCUUGUCAUGUAUCCUAAAUUUCGUUACAAGUAUAGAACAGGUAUCGAUAAUAUCCUUGUCUUGCUUAUUGGUGGUAUCCCGAUUGCUAUGCCUACCGUCCUUUCUGUCACUCUCGCUAUUGGUGCUAAGCAACUUGCUGAACAUAAGGCUAUUGUCACCCGUAUCACAGCUAUUGAAGAGAUGGCUGCUGUCACGAUCUUAUGUUCUGAUAAGACCGGUACCCUCACUUUGAAUAAAUUGAUUGUCGAUAAGCCCACUAUCAAAUGCUAUUCUGAAUAUAAUGGUGACGAUAUCAUCCUCUUAUCUGCUUAUGCCUCUCGUACUGAAAACCAAGAUGCUAUCGAUUUCUGUAUUGUCAAUUCUUUACCUGAUCCUAAGCUCGCUCGUGAGAAUAUUGAGGAAUUGGAAUUCAAACCCUUCAAUCCUGUUGUGAAACGUACUGAGAUUACUUACAGACGUAAAUCGGAUGGUGCUAUUCUUCGUGUAACAAAGGGUAUGUCUCAUACCAUCCUUGACCUCUGUUCCCGUGAUAAGAAUGAAGAACAAAUUAAGGCCCUUAAUGAUGAUGUGGAUGAAUUUGCUCGUCGUGGUCUUCGUGCCCUUGCUGUCGCUGUUGAUGAAGUCCCCACAGGCGGUGUUGAAGAUGAAGGCUUGGGUUUCCGUCUUAUCGGUCUCUUGCCUAUCUAUGAUCCUCCUCGUUCUGAUACCAAGGAAACAAUUGAUCGUGCUAUCGCUCUUGGUGUUGCAGUGAAGAUGAUUACGGGUGAUCAACUUGCUAUCGCUAAGGAAACAGGUCGUCGUCUUGGUAUGGGUGAUAAUAUGUUCUUGUCCAAGACCUUGAAGGAUGGUCCUCCCGCUGGUUCCGGCUACACAGAUGUUGAUCAAAUGGUUCUUCACGCUGAUGGUUUUGCUGGUGUCUAUCCUGAACACAAGUAUGAAAUUGUUGAACGUCUUCAAGCUAUGGGUCAUAUGACAGCCAUGACAGGUGACGGUGUCAAUGAUGCCCCUGCUCUCUCUAAAUCCAAUGUAGAUGCCGCUCGUUCCGCUGCUGAUAUCGUCUUGACCGAACCUGCCAUCAUUGGUUCUCGUCAAAUUUUCCAACGUAUGCGUAACUAUUCUAUUUAUACCUGUUCCGUGACGAUUCGUGUUGUCGUUGGCUUUGCUAUCCUCUGUUUUGCCUUCCAAUUCAAUUUCCCUCCCUUCAUGGUCUUGAUCCUUGCCAUUCUUAACGAUGGUACUAUCAUGACGAUCUCUACCGAUCGUGUCAAGCCUUCUCCUUACCCUGAUUCAUGGAAUUUGAGAGAAAUUUUCACUUAUGCUAUCUUCUAUGGUCUUUACCUUACUGCCUCUACUGUUGCCUUCUUCGCCGUCAUCUAUAAUACAACCUUCUUUGAAUCUCAUUUCAGUCUUCCUCACAUCUUUUCUCCUGAGGGUGUUGAAGAAAAGUAUGUCAACCAUGUCUCUACUAUCUCUCAAGCCCUGAUCUUCAUCACUCGUUCACGUGGCUUCUUCUUCUCUGAACCUCAACUUGUCGCUACCUUUAUCGCCGUCUAUGCUGAUUGGCCAUUCACUAGUAUUGAAGGUUGUGGAUGGAACUGGGCAGGUAUCGUUUGGAUUUGGAAUAUCAUCUGGUUCUUGCCUAUGGAUUUCAUUAAAUUCGGUAUGCGUUAUAAGACCAAGACACCAAUGGCUGGUCAAUCACGUCGUGCCUCUGCCAUGUCCGGUGCCUCCUCCGCUCGUUACUAUGCUAAUCGUACUCGUUCCCUCAAAUCUCUUGAACGUCCUCAAAACUUUGGUAAAAAGCUUUUGGAAAUGCGUCGCUUCUCUUCCGUUCAAACAAAUCAUGCUGCUCAAGUCUUGAAUAAUAAUAAUCACACAAGCUCAUAG